AUGUCAAAACGUUCUGAACUCCCCCUUGAACUCCAGGCGUUCGUCAGCCUCACACAGUCCUUCUCUCCUUCUCUCUACAUCGCCCUGCUGGACGCAGCAGUAGUCGUCAACUCCGAAGAGAUCCUGCCUCCAUCCAUAAGCGACUACGAAUUACUUGGGCUGAAAGGAAUGCUAUUCCAAUCGAGUCGGGUUAUUGCCUGCCUUCGGUUCUGCCACGUAUUGGAGACGGUAUCGGUUAUCUCUGCCCUCCCUCCGGUGACCUAUACCGACCCUAAGGGUAUCGGCCACUGCCUUCGAACGGCACCAAAGGGGGAUGAAUGGGAUGGCAAUCCAGAGCGUGGGCCCUUGGGUUCUGUCUACGGAACUGCCAGCGCGAGCUCCGGCGCAUAUGCCAGUGAUUCUGAGGCUUCCGAGGCUUCCGGAGCCCGAUACCCUGCCAGAAUGACUUCAAGAAACCAGAUGCUCAAAGAUCUGGAGACCAUCCCCACCAUCGAAUAUGCCGAGCGAAUUCAUCCAUGGAUUGCUUUCGGCCACUUCAGUUUGACGAAACAAGAGUAUCCGCUUGAGGAAACCAGCCCCUGGAACCAAAUGAAAGCCAUGAUGAAGCAACAGCAUGCCCGCACGCCAAGCAAAAACCAUGCCGGGAGCACUACUGGUAAUGGAGGAGAUGCGGGGCGGAUUAAGAGACCCAGGACAUCAUUCUCUGGUAACAGAGAUGUUGAUGAAGACGGCGAUUGCAACGACUACGGGUACGACGAUGACGACGAUGACGACGACGAUGACGACGACGGCAGAUCUCCUACCGCGAGCCUACCUCCUGGGGAUGAUCUUAUGGAAUGCUUCUUAUGCCAGGAUCAUUUUUUGGACUCUGACAGUUUAUUCUGUCUUGCAGGCAACAUCUCGUGCAAUUCCAUUCGGAAAACUGUUGUCCCAUUUGUGAGGAGAAGAUUACUUUGA